UUAUAAACGGGACACAAAAACAAAGGAAGAGAAGAGCAAGCGCGUUGCUCUUUUAAUAAUAUUCCCUGCUCGUGUUCGCGAUAUUAAUCCACGAUGCCUUUAGUCAGAGGGUAAAAUAAAACGGAUAAAAAUCUCCGUUCAUCCGCGGGGAUGGAAUAUAUUUCGCGUUUGUGUAUUUUCAAAACGAUCGUCCUUUCAUAUUUCGAGCUACGAUACUCUUCCCUCUUGACGUUCUCGCGACGCGAGAACUCCAUCCACAGAUUGUAUUUCAUAUCUACGGAUGGAUGGAAGAAUACAGUAUUUAUCGGAUGGAUAAACGUUGAAACGGUUGUUCGAAAAUGGAAAUAAAAAAGAAAGGAGAAAGAAAUAUUCGUGAACGCGUGACAGGUGCAUCUGUCGUGCAUCUGCCAGCGAUGCACCGACGUUUCGAACAGAAUUUUCUCUUUCCAUUAUUCCGAUAUCUUGUGGUCGUGAUACGUUGUACAGGAUAGAUUGAUUAGGAUCAAGUAAGCUUAGAUUUUGGUAGAUGGUAAUAUCGUUGUUACGUUGAUGAAUAGAACGUUGGAAACGAAUCAUCGAUUUACGUAAUGUCGGGAUAACAUGUACAUUCUAAUUAAGCCGCGAUUGAAACUGAUGAUGACGGAUAAAAUUAACCGUGAAAAUUUAUGUGCAUCACCAGUUCAACUUUACCAUUCCGUUAUCCAUGUAUAUCCAUGUAUGACGUUUGUUAAGUCCCGAACUCAAAUAUCCGUUAGAGAGGAGUUUCAUUCAGUUCCACGAAUAUCAUCUCUUGUCGGCAAUAAUCGAGCAACGGAUUCCUCGUAUAUUAACGAGAUUAAUUCGAGCACGAUUACCAAGUCAUCGAUGCAAAUUAUUAAAUAUAUCCGUCCCUUUCGCAGAGGCGCAACUAUUGGCUUAUAAUUAUUCCAUUUGUACGCGUCGUGCAGCCUUCCAGGCCUGGACUUGAUUUCAACGAGAAAGCUCGAAGAUUUAAUAAUCUCACGUGACGAGAGUCAAGAUGUAGAGCAAGUUGGAGGAAGUAACUAAAAAUGGUGGACAAAGAGGAAAUAAGGAAGACACCCUCGCCCCUGAAUAUCAACGAGGCGAUCGAGGGCGACACGUUGAAUCAAAAGACUGCUAGGAUACUUAAGAACGAUCUUCUAUUAUACGAGGCUGUGAUAAAAAAUGAAGCGGACACCGUUCGCAAAGUGCUCAAAGAGACUGUGGACGUCGAUUCCAGGAAUAAUUAUGGACGAGCGCCAAUUCAUUGGGCAGCAUCGAGGGGAAAUACGGAGAUCAUCGAGAUGUUGAUACAAGCGAAAUGCGACAUCGAGGCAAGAGACAAGUUCGGCAUGCGCCCGUUACACAUGGCUGCGCGAUAUGGACACAGGGACGCUGUUAAAAUGUUAAUCAACGCUGGUGCAAAUGUGUCAGCGGUGAACAAGAAACAAUAUACUCUUUUAAUGUGUGCUGCUCGAGGCAACAAUGUUCGCGUCGUCGAAUAUCUUGCAGAGGCUGUGGAAUCGUUGAACGGAGAUGCAACUGACUGCACCGGUGCAACUGCGCUUCACCAUGCGGCUAGCGCUGGCCAUCCGAGUAUGAUAACCGCGCUUUCCAACGUGCCGAGAAUCGAGCUCAACGCGACUGAUAAAAAGGGGCAAACACCGAUACACUGCGCCUGUGCAGAGGAACACCUGGAAGCUGUGGAAGUUUUGAUAGGUCUAGGUGCGAACGUGGACGCUCAGGACUACGAGGGAAACACCCCUCUCCACGUGGCCACGAGGACGAGGCACACGGCCAUAGUUCAAUUGUUGCUAAGAGCCGGGGCGAACACCGAAUUGAUCGACGAAAUAGGUUUCACUCCCCUUCACGUGGCCGCCAGCCAGGGUUGCAAAGGGAUACUAGAGUCGAUGAUUCAACACGGUGCGGCACUCAACAAACAGUGCAAGUAUGGGAACACGCCUUUGCACUUGGCCUGUCAAAACAACGAAGUAGAAACGGUUGAGAUACUGAUCAAUAAAGGCGUCGAUCUAAAUUGUUUAAAUUCGAGGUUGCAAUCACCCUUCCAUAUCGCGACGGAAAUAGGGCACAACGACAUUUGCAAGCUGUUGCUAGCAGCGGGCGCGAACAUCGAGCAAAGAGAUCAGAGCGGAAAGACGCCACUUUACAUCGCGGCGAGGGGCAGUUUCACGGCCAUCGUCGACAUGAUAAUUAAAACAGCGAGAUUGGAUUAUCCCACGCCGGAGGAUUCGACGUCCGACAAAGAGAUUCGAGAUUUGACACCGGCUAGAAGAAGAUGGCGAGAGGGAUCGAGGGGUGAAAGUAUCUCGAGUAACGGUAGCGUACUUUCGGAGCACAUACGAUCGAUACUGUGGAAAUUGGCGUACAAACAAUUAGGACCGGAAGAUUGGAAGAAAUUAGCGUUGCACUGGGCGUUUACGAACGAUCAGAUUCGAGCGAUCGAGCAUCAGUAUACGGCUCCCCUUAUAGGUCCUUCGAGUUACAAAGAGCACGGUUUCCGGAUGCUGAUGAUCUGGGCGUCAGGAUUGAACCCUGAAAUCUCUGUGGGCAGAGAGCUUUGCGACGCUUUGUCCGCGGUGGAUAAAAAAUCUGUUGCUGAAUCCGUUCGUAAGCACAUGGAUCAAGAGAAAGAUGGGAAAACAAAGUUGAACAAACAACGAUGUCAUAAAUGUUCCAUCACUUAAGAAUAAUAACGAUUAACGAAUAACAAUUCCAUUCGAGUCGAAAUUAAAACGAACAAAAAAAAAGAAAGAAAAAUUUUCAGUAGAUAAUUUUAGAGAAAUCUCGCGAUGCGACAUAUCCGUAGAGACGCUGAUUUUAUCUUUUUUACAAUACGUUUCAACAUAGACUCGCGUAAAAAUAACAAUUAAACUCGAGGAGAAAUUUUUGAAACGAGUAUAAUAAUCAUAAAUCAACGAAAGCUUUUCACAUAUCGCGAAAAAUUUAAUUUAAAUAAAUCUUUGAAUUGAAAUCAUCGCGCGUACGUACAAAUUUUAAAAUUCUGAAUAUUUUUACCUCUUUCCGUAUAUUUUUGAAGAAUUCCAAUUCUUCGGGAACGUUGCAAUUUUUAUUAUUCUUAUUCGUUAGCUUAAAGAAAGGAAGAGAGAAAAAAAAAAAAGAUAAUCGACGUUUGAAGCCGUCCGAUUUCACUUUUUAUCUUUUGUUGAAUACCGAUCUUGUCGUUCAAAAAAUCAUACGAUGCUAUUCCAAAUUUGAACUGUAAAUAUACAAAUGUAACACGUAUCAUUACAAGUUAGAAUAAGUGCGAAAAAGAAAAAAAAGAAGAAGAAAUUUUACAGGGCUUUCGAUGUGAUAAAAGAAUGAUAUUAAAACAUUAGAGAAACGCGAACGGAGUGUCUCGAGACAUUCGAUCAUUAUUAGAAUUUCGAGAAAAAAGACAAUCUACAUAUCUGAGUAUUGUGUACAAUUAAAUAAACGCGUAAUUAAAAAUCUAUAGAUAUUUUUAAAUAGUCGUUUCCCGAUUAAUCAUUGCUCAAUAGGAAUUAUCGAUCGAAAUAGAAGAAAAGAAAAGAAAGAAAGAAAGAAGGAAAAACGAAAUCUAAUUUAUAUCUCUCAACAAGCAUCAUUGAUCGAUGAAAAUUAUUCAAUUUCAACUUUCUGUGAACUUUCUGUCGAAUUAGACGAUUGACCUCGAUGUCAUAAUAAAAUUUAUUCCGUCGAAAGAAAAAAAGUAUAGUAUAUUUAUUUAAUCAUACAUUACGUUGAACUCUGGAUGAACCUUUGAAAAAGAAGAAGAAUAUUAUAUAAAUGAUUAAAAAAAAAAAAAAAAGAAAUAAUCUUACCUGGAAACCCUUCUAAAAUAGCAAUCUUGAUAAUGAUAACUGGCAGCGAAGGUUGAGCGGAAGGGGGGAGAGUGUAGUUGUCAGGAUAAGGAUCAGGAAUACCCUAAACAGAGUGUUCUAUUAAAAUGUGAAUGUUUAUUUAUCCAUACGGAAUAUUCAUUUGCUUCUAUGCUAUAAAAGAAUGCAUUUCUUGUUGCUUCCACCUUCGCAAUAUAUAACAAAAUAUUAUGAACGAUAUUCUAUCUGUUAUCGUAUCAUCAUCGCCAUUAUUAUCUCAUCUAAUUAUUAUUAUCAUCGUUAUAAUUAAUCCAUAAUAGUUAUCAGCGGCAAUGGUAAAAACAGGAUCCGUCAAUGGCAAUUAAUCAGCCACAAUAGUUUAUCGUGAGUGAGUGAAUUGUACAAAUCGUACGGGUGGACAUAAGGGGAUAUAAAUUCGCGUCGGACUUCUUAACCCUUAACAUUAUUACAAAUUAAGUGCUAUCAGUAAUUAAUUAUUAUUAUUAUUAUCGUUACACAACGAGCGAUAUAUGACUAUAGCUCGUGGCUUCAUCCAUUCUCACACGUUCGUAAAAUGUCAGACUUUGCUGCUUGUCAAUCGUUCUUUUUUUUCUUUUUCUCCUCCUCAACUCUUCGUCAAACGAAUCUACACAUACGAGAGAAAGAAGUCGCCAUGCGUGUUCUCAUUUGUAUCGCGAACAAGUACUAUCGUGUGUCAAAGACGAGAAGUUUAACAAUAUAUGCGUUUAAUAACAUCUUUAUAUAUUCUCUUCUCUUCUUUCUCCUUAUAUUUUCGAGAAAAAAAAAAGAAAAGAAAACAAAAGAAAAGAAAGAAAAAAAAAGAAACGAGCACCGACAUCAUAUCGAGGAAAACGUUCGUACGUGUUUUUCGUCACUUUUUCAAUGUCCAUUUUUUUUUUUUUUUUUUUUGAUGAUGACCACUUCCUUUUCGUGACCAGAUUUUCCAGAUGAUACGAAAAAAUAUACACGUUUUCGGAUAUACAAAAGUCUCUCAGGCGCGUACAAUUAAUAAAUACAAAUUUGUUAAUUGCGCUUAUUAUGUAAAUAAUAUCUACUUAUUUUUUAAACCCUUUUUAAUUUACACAUUAUUAUUCUAAACAUGGACGAAGCUAUCGGCUCGCAUGAAAUCGAGUUACUUUUUUUUUUUUUUUUUCUUUAAUUAAUUCGUUUACCCCCUUCCUUACUGUGUUCUUCUUCUUCUCGCCCUCGAACCGUGAAAAAUAUAUAUGUAUAUAUAUUCUUCUCUUUAUCCACAUCUCUCUUAUCGCAACGCACGAAACUUAUUUAAAUUCGAUACGCGGGGGAAUAAUUAUCACCGAAAUCCACGAGGAUUGGGAUUAUUCUUAACAACAUACCAUAUAAUAUAUAUAUAUAUAUGUAUACCAUAUACAUAUGUAUAUAUAUAUAUAUACCAGUGUCACGCACAGAAUAAUUCAUUUCGUUUCGUUCGUUCGAUAUGUCGUACGACAUACGUACAAUUUGUAAAAACUGUCGAAAUAAAAAAAAAAGAAGAGGGUUUCUAAAUAUAUAUAUAUAUAAUAUGCAAACCGUUAUACAACAAACACGACAGAUGGAAGUUUACAGAUGCAAAACGCAAGAAAGAAAACAAAAGAGGAAAAAAAAAAAAA